GCUCAUAUUAUAUAUAGAAUAAUAUGAAAAAUUUAUUGUGUCGAAAAAUUUUCAAAGAAUAUUUUUAUAGCAAAAAAAAUAAAUCGUUAUUAACAUGUCCUUUCAAAAAAGUAAUUCGAGUUACAAAUUUAAUCAUAUUAUCGACUUCCUGUUUCGUUUUGAAGGUUGACAUGAUACUUGGUUUAUAACAGUAUUAACAGGUACGACAAUAAGUUUACCGGACCCACCUUUGACUCGUUUGCUUUCUGCAGUUUUUAUUCAUAUUUUGCAAACGUUUUCAAUAAUGGUCAAUAACGUAUUAGUAUAAUAAUCUGAAAUUUCAUCCAAGCCCAACCAAGUUGAGAAGUUGCCUUAACUUACUUAACUUGGGUACUUUAGUACUUAUUAUAAUAUAGUAAGUUAAAUUGAAUAAGUACUAAGCCUUGCGUGGCUUACUAAACUAAGCUUCUUAGUCUUAGGCCUAACUUACGAAUCUAAGAAAAUCAUAAUAAGAUUAAGAUGUAACCAAUGAAGUCUAUAAAUAUGUUAAACUAUCCUAUAAUUUGAUCAUGAUUUAGCUUCAAAAAUUGUUUAAUAACCUCAUCAGUCAUUCAAUUCAUUCAUGAAUGUGGCUAUAGUCAAAUCUAUUUGUAUGCAGUAUCAUGUAUGGGUAUGGGGCUUACUCUCUGAUUAGGACUAUUGCAUUGGCAUAUCAUACUAUAUUAUAUUUAUAUGAAUAUGUUAUUAGGCUGCGGCUAUUCGGAACCAGUAUCAGAAGUGAUAGGUUGGGUUUAUUAAAAAAUAUUAAAAAUAUUAUUGUUGGGUUUGUAAGAUAAAAGUUGGCAUCGAAUGAAAGAUAAUUAAUAAUUGAAUUGACUAUAUGAUAUAGUAUGUUUGUAAACCUAAUUCUUAAGUUUAACUAAAAUAAACGACCACAAAUGGCAUCCGAAUAGCAUUUAGUCUAAUGGGACCCGGGUCCGUAUAGCGGCGAUGAGUGUCCGGGUCCAUUUUAGGAUUAAUAUUUAUUAAUGCUAUAAUAAAAUAACUAAUUUAAAAUAAUUUUAAUAAUAUUAUGCUUAGUAAAUCAUAACUAUCUAACUAUGUAUUACCAGUACAUUGAAUAUUAUUAUUAGGUGGUUUUAUAUAGCGCAGUUCCCCAGCCUAGGGCUAGGUUCACUGCCACUGUACAUAAAAAUUAGCAAUUACAUAAACGUAUACAUUUAAAAACAAUUGGUGAAAAGCUUGACCUCACCCACCCAAGUACUAUCGAUAUAUACACAAUGUGGCUAUUCUGUUUACUAAGUCUGAGGGGGGUGUCCAUUAUAUAUAAUCUAUGUAAGGUAAUGCGUCCCAUCAAAAAAAAGAACUACUUAUUUUGGACUUUCAGCUAUAGCACAAGAAUAAAAGCUUUUCCUGACAAAUGGACUAAAUGGUUAAAUUUGCAGAUUGGCCUUCAAAGUUAUGAAUGAAACCCUGAGAAUAAUACUAUUGUAAUUUAAAAUUAGUAUAGCCAUAUUAAGUGACUGUUAGUGGUUGCCCAUGACAAUGUGUGCACACAGGAAAUCAUGAUGAUUUAUAAUAUGGAUUCUACCAGGUAUUUAAACCUCAAAAUAUUCUUUUUUAAAUGCCUUUUUUAUUAUGAAACUAAAAUAUUUUGAGGUUAAUAGUGGUAACAAUUGAAGAUUAUUAUAAGUAUUGACAACUUCCACCUUUGUGUAAAUGGCGAUUUUAAGGAUGGCAACUCUGCCCCUAUCAGUGGACAGGGAUUGAAAUUUAACUAAUGGAGAGAAGUUGUAGCCUAAAAAGAAUGAUUAGUUACUGAAGAUCACAAGUGCAGUACCACCAAAAAAGUCAACUGACCACCAGUGAGUUUUUCAUAAAAUUUAAUGUGGAAUGGUGGCCUAUGUGACUGAGUAACAAUUAUUUUCCAAUAUAAAUAUAAAGUUGAAAUGUGAGUUAAAAAAAUGUGUUAGAAAUGUAGUAAAAGAUAUCCUCUAAAGUGAAAAGAUGAAACUUGGGUAGUAAAUUUUACAGAUAGCAAUUAUCAGUGAAAUAAGUCAUGUAACAAAAAUUUAAAACACAGAUUUCUCUGUGCAGAGUAUGAUUUCCAAUAUAAAUUUAGUUGUAGUCUCCCUUACUUAACAAAAGUAGCUUACCUAUAAUGAGUGAUGACGAACCAUUAUUGUUAAGACUAAUGUCAUGUUAAAUCAUGAAAUAAUUAAGACUUGGACUAUGCUAGUCAGUGAUAGUCAAAAGUUGACUCAAAGUCAAAUAAGAUUAAUCAGAUGAGAUAGAAAUUAUCAUCUAUGAAUAUGACUCAUGUUUCUGUAUUACCCCUACAGACUGAAGGAAGUGUAGAUCUAGUAUCUGUAGUCUCAGUCUGUAUUACUCACUGUACUGAAGAUGUAGUGUAAAAGGGGCCAUCCAUAUAUUAAUUGCACAAAAAAGUUAAAUUUUCAAUAUUGUCACUAUUAUAUUACUGUUGUGAUAUCUAGUGAGUUCACUCAAAGCAACUGUAUGAUGAUUAUUAUGAAACUUUUCAGUCAUAUUUUAUAGCUUUUUAAAAUAAUUAGAAAUUAUGGAUUUCGUAUUUUAGGUGACAGCUUUACUAGUAAUAUUAGAUGUAUAAAUAGCAGACUUGUUUACCCUCAAACUCUUAAAAUUGUACAAUAUCAUCACAAAAUCGUUCCAUGUAUUAUCUUAAUAGUAAAAGUAAAAAAGAAACAUACAGUAUAUAUAAAAUGUAUACACCUCAAAAUCGUACAUUGUACGCCAAAAUCAUAAGAGUAAACAGGUCUGAAGUAAGCUAUUUGUGGACUGUUCUAUUUUCAGGAUGAUUUUUGCAAAAUUUUAACAUAAAUAUAUUUAUAAAUUCUGCAAAGAAACAACCAACCAACCCCCCCCCCCCCCCACCCCCAAACAAUAGGAAAAAUCAACGGAUAUGAUAAUCCACUGUACGAGUAUAUUUAGUGUUUAAAACUAUGAUAUGUUUUUCUAGUACCGGUACAACCAAUUAUACUUAUACAUUCAUAUUGGUUUAAAUGUAGAGAAGAAGUUGGUAUUUCCUUCCUGAGUUUACCAGAAAUAUGUACGAAACUGAGUUAGUUCAAAUGCUUCAAAUAAAAGUUUCUUCGAUUGUAAAAUUGUUUGAAAAUAAUUUUUUUAGACAUAGAGCUUGUUUUUAAACAAAUUUUUUUAAAGAGAAUUUGUGAGGGAGAAAUGGGGGAAAAAGUAACAUUUUAAUAUUUUUUAUAAUUUGUAUUCUUGUGUUUUUAAUUCCAUUCGACAACAUUCCUUCCUACAAUUUGGUUUUGUAAAAAUUGGUUUCAUAUUAAUUUAUGGAUACACCUUUCUGGACUUUUAAUCUUUAAUCCUAUAUGAUGCUAUUUGAAUUUGUCUGCAGUUGUGAUGGCGCUGACAAUGUACCCAGCUAUUUGUUCACUCACACCUUCAAUGGCAAGGCUUACAUCAUGCUACUUCAGGUAAAACUAUUUCCAAUUUUCUAUUUUUUAAUUGCAUUGAUUUAUUAAAAAACAAUAAUACACACUAAAUAAUUGUUUGGUCUCUUUAAUGAAAAAUUAAUUUUUAGCAACCAUAGACAUGGCUUAGUGCUUCCUGCUGUUCAUAAUUGCCAGAGUUUUACUGGGCAAAAAGUGCCCUCAUUGUAGACUAUCCUUGAAGCAGAAAGUUCCAUUAUUUUGUUGAUUUAUAUUAUGAUAAUUAUUUUACACAAAGAGGUAUGUGAAGUUAUUUUUAGGCUAACUUAUGAUUUUUAUCGUUACCAGUAUCUUCAGAUAGAUUAUGAUUAUUUUGAAGCAACCAAUCAUCUAUACAUCAUGAUUGAAACAAAAACAAGUCAUUUAUUUCUUGCGAAGUGAAUUAUAUUUUAAUGUUUAUAUUGUGUUUCUCAUAAUCCUGCCACUCUUAAUUAAUGUCAGAAUUGAAUGAAAGAUUUCAAAUCUUAUUCAUACCAGUUAUUCUUCUUGACUUUAGUCUUUAGAAUGAUAUGAAUCAAUUAUUGUGCUCAUUUAAACUUUUCAUUAAAAAGUAAUUACAUUUUUUGCAUUGUUUUUUUCUUCAGUACCUCACAAAAGUUAUAUGAAAUACGUAAACUGGCUAGAAUGAGAAUAGUAGAUAAUAGUGCAAUAGGGAAAGCUGCUGCUCAAUUAGGGAAACCACCUCGUGUCAUUUAUGUAUAUAAUGCAAAAGAGGUAUGUCAUAUUUACAAGCUCUGUCGCUUCUUCUGAACAGUCUGUCUCAAUUCCUACAUUUUGAUAUAGAAACUCAAUAUAUUAGCUUAUUCUGAAAACCUUGGCCUUUUCAUCUCUUUCUUAAUAGCUUUGCUAUAAGUCAAAUUGUUUCCAAAAUAUAUAAUAAAAUAUAAGAUAUCAAAACGUAAAUGACAUAGUAUUGCUACACUAUGAGGAGAGUACAGCAUAAAUUAAAUUUAAAAAAAAAUGUUUUUAACUUUUUUGUUGUUGAUAAGUUCUAGUAUUUUAGAGUGAUGAUAUUGUUCACGGCAGUGUUAGUUUAAGUAUUAUUUUCUUUGUUUCUUCUGCUGUUCUCGAUUUAUUUUAGUAGCCGGUAAGAAUUUCCCAAUAGCAAAUGUGAACAAGUUAUGUUUGAGUCUAAUCCACCUGGGCAUUUUAUUCUUUGCUGGGAAUGGCCCUGUGUGAAUUUAAACCUACUACCCACAUUUUUCAAGACAGACAUCGUUACUACUGUGCCACAUCACCAGCAAAACAACUUCCUAUAAUUUACACAAAGUAAUAAGAAUGUAAAAUAUAAUAAUACAAUAAAAUAUAUUUAUCAAUCUCAUUCCAACACUUUUUAAAAUAAUAAAACAAGAUUGAAAUAUUGUAUAUGUGUUUUUAUGUGAUAUCUCCUACCAUACACAUACAGUUUACAGCUUCUCAGAACUACCAAAGUGUAUAUCUUCAUUUCUCCCCAGGUUGGCAUGUUAGGAGACAAAGUUCUGGUAACAGUAAAAGGAGAGAUGAAACGAGCCUAUAUAGUUGGCUUGAAACAGAAGCAGUACCCCAAUGUCCCUAGAAUGGACACAAACAACAUUGUUUUAGUUGAUGAUAACGGCAGCCCUUUGGGCAACAGGAUUAUGGUACCAAUUCCAUCAGCGCUCAGAGGGAAAGGCGGAGACCUCACCAAAAUUUUGUCACUGGCCACCAAAUUUGUUUAACUUAUGCAUCGUCCAAAUUUCAAUGAAGAAAUCAUUGCUACUAUAUCAUUGUGUUUUGUUGAAAUAUUUUUAAAUAUAAUUUUUGCUGCACAAAUUAUUUUGUGGGGAUGUAGUUAUGGAUGGGUGAGCAAAGUAAAAUAAUGCAGGUCUUGCAUGUAAAACAUCUUUUCCCUAAGUACACAUUUAAGAGAUAUUUAUAUUUAUUGAAAACUAAUGAAAAUUAUUUUUAUGUGAAUCAACCAUAUCAAUAACUUAUAAGGCUUUUCAUACAAUGUCAAUCAUUCAGUUUAUGAUACCGCUACCUAAAAAAAUGCAAUAGUUUUCAAUUUGUCUUUACCAAGCAACUGUCUUUAGUAACUUUUUCUAAAGCACAGCAUUUAAGUAUUUAAAAAAUAUCUUUCGUCUCUUUGAGGAGCGUCAUCCAUGCAAAUUACUUCUAUUAGAUUAAAUGGAUCAAAUUACAGGUCCCACCUUACUUUGUAAAUAAAAAAUUGCAUCAAACAUCAAUUAAUAUUUCUUUAUAUCAAAACCUUGUGAUACACCUGUGAGUCUUUUGCAAUACACAGUUAAAAUCCCUUACCUUAAUUUUUUUGUUCAUUCAACAGCUUUCAAUUGACUUAAAUUAAAAACUCUCAAAUUUUGUGAUUACAUUUAGCUCAUUGUCAAUUUUCAUUUCAUCUUAAAAUUUCAAGAAUUUCACAAAAGUAAAAAUAAAAUUGAAAGGAA